AUGGUCAGUUGCCCCGGAUGUCAUGAAUCCUUUUCUGCAACAGGUUAUAGUCAGCAUCUAGCCAAGACUAGACAAACGCAAUGCAGAGCCUUCCUUGCUACUUUUCGUGCAAAUUCUAACUCCCAGGGCCUGGGGAGUCCGAAGAAUCCGACACUCCAAGCUGGCACACAUUCCCUGUCACCGCCUCCAGGGUCCUUGGAAGAACAAGAUCAUCCAAUCUUAUUUGAGGGAGAUUUUUUUGGUACUUACGAGGAAGCUGAUCUAGAAUGGCCAGAUGACCAUUCUGGUGACGAAGAAGAGGACCUUUACAACGAUGAAUGGGAACCUCCUGCACAGGACAAUAAUGAUGAACCGGAACCUCCGGUACCUGACGACGACAUACUGGAAAAUGAAGGUGCUGAAGCCUUGGAGAACCGAGAAGCUCGUCGGGAGAUUGAGCAAUGUACCAUGGAGCAAGAUCAUAUUGUUAUUGUGCCCUAUCCGGAUGCCCAUGCAGGCAUACCAAUAACUGGACAGCCUGCUCAUGAUUCAAAUACCACAUACGGUAUAGAUGCUGGCAACUCCAACAAUAUUUACGCUCCUUUCACCUCCCAGAUAGACUGGGACGUUGCUAAGUGGGCAAAGUUACGCAGUCCUAGUUCAACAGCAUUUACUGACCUUCUUGCAAUUGAUGAGGUCAGUGAACAGCUCAACCUUUCAUUCAAGAAUUCAAAAGAGCUUAAUAAGAUAAUCGACAAGGACCUUCCUGGACGACCAAAGUUCAAGCGUGAACAAAUCAUUGUCGCUGGCGAAGCAUUUGACAUUUUCUACCGAGAUAUUGUUGAAUGCAUCAGAUCUUUAUAUAGUGACCCUGACUUCGCCGAUUUUCUCAUAUUCAAACCGGAGCGUCAUUACGCUGAUGAGGAUAAGACAAUACAAUUAUUUCAUGAUAUGCACACUGGUCAGUGGUGGUGGGACACACAGAAAGUGCUCGAUCGACGACGUCCAGGUGCCACAAUCAUCCCUGUCAUCAUAUCGAGCGACAAAACCCAGGUUACCAUGUUCCGCAACAAAACUGCAUAUCCCGUCUACCUUACAAUCAGUAACAUUCCAAAGGAAAUCCGACGAAAGCCAUCCCGUCGCGCUCACAUUCUCCUAGCGUAUUUGCCUACUACCCGCCUUGAGCAUAUCGCAAAUAAAGCCUCAAGACGUCGAGCUGUUGCAAACCUCUACCAUGCCUGUAUGAGUCGCGUACUGGCUCCCCUAAAGACUGCUGGAGUUGAUGGGCUUGUGAUGAGUAGUGGCGAUGGUGCACGACGUCGUUGUCACCCAUUGUUCGCAUGCUUCGUUGGUGACUAUCCUGAGCAGUUACUUGCUGCUGGAGUGAAGUCGAUGGAGUGCCCGAAGUGCGAUGUUCCCACAGACAAACUCGAAAGUAAUACAGCGCAAUGCGAUAUACGCGAUCUUCAUGCUGUGUUGGAUGCUCUUGCUCUGAUCGAUGAAGGUGACCUGGCCUUUGUACAAGCAUGUCGUGCUGCUGGAAUCAAACCAGUUGUCCAUCCAUUCUGA